CCAAACGAGACGACGACAACAAAAAAUUCGCCCUUUACUUUCAUCGUUAUCGCCUUCUUCUCCUCCCUCAAAAGCCAAAGCCAAACUGACCCAAAAUCACUUUGAGAUCCUUGGAGCUCAGUAAGAUUUUUAUUUUAUCACCCUUUAUGUUAUUUAGUAGCCAAUUAUGUAGUUUCUAUAAUUUUUUUCCCCUCUCAUCAUGUUGUCAAUUGUUUCGUUGAACCCAAAAUUGUGAUCAACCUAGGAAUUAAACUUUAUGGGUCUGAUGAAUUAGUAGAAGCAUAAAUCCCUGCCCAAAUCAAAAUCCGAACUUGGGUUUUCUUUGCUAGAGAGAUUCUGCUUAGGAUUUUCAGAUGUUAAGGUGACCCAAAAUCCAAUCUCUUGUGAAGUCCUUGCAGCUUGAAGAUUUGCUUAUAACCUACCACUUAAAUCAAUCUAAGAGAUAAAUUUAUGGGGUUAGUAAAGCAAUAGAAGGAGAGAACCCCGCACAAUUCAAAAUCCGAACUUGGGUUUUCCUGUUAAAGAGAUUCUACUUGGGAUUUGAGAAUUAUAUUUGAUGAUGCAGCGUGUUAGAGUCUCAUCCCAUCAAUCUCCAGUCCACAAGCUUGGACAAUCCCAAAUGACCCUCUCCCCAAAAUUCAGCCUAGCAUCCUCAUACUCACCCUCCCCAGAACCAAACCCUUCACUAGAAUUAGGCCCUUUGAUGCCUGGCCUCCCGGACGAUAUCGCCCUAAACUGCCUCUUAAGACUCCCCAUCGACACCCAUCCUUGUUGUCGAUCAGUAUGCAAACUCUGGCGCCUGUUCUUCUCGAACAAAGAACACUUCUUGACUCAUCGAAAGAUUUUAGGGUUUCGGGAUCCUUGGCUCUUCACAUUUGCAUUUCACCGGUGCACGGGGAAGAUCCAAUGGGUAGUUCUAGACCUUGUAAGCUUAUCAUGGCAUUCGAUUCCAUCGAUGCCAUGUAGGGAUAAGGUGUGCCCUCAUGGAUUCGGGUGCAUUGCACUCCCCGUCAAUGGCUCUAUCCUUGUAUGCGGUGGUUUGGUCUCGGAUUUUGAUUGCUCUUUGUUUUUGGUGUUGAAAUAUGAAGUUGUUAGGAACAAGUGGAGCGUGUCGACGAGGAUGUUGACACCGAGAUCUUUCUUCGGUAGUGGGUUGAUUGACGGUAGGGUUUACGUAGCAGGUGGAUAUAGCACCGAACAAUUUGAGUUGAGCUCGGCAGAGAUGUUCGAUCCAGAGAAGGGGAAAUGGGAGAGCAUUGCGAAUAUGGGGGUGAACAUUGUGUGUUACGACUCUAUUGUGCUUGAUGGGAGGCUUUAUGUGACCGAGGGUUGGAUGUGGCCAUUCUUGGCGUCGCCCAUCGGUAAAGUCUAUGAUCCGAAGGGCGAUGUUUGGGAGGAUAUGGCGGUGGGGAUGAGCGAAGGGUGGACAGGUCCAAGCGCGGUAGUGCACGGGCGUAUGUUUGUCGUGUCAGAACGGGAGGGGAUGAGGGUUAAGGUUUAUGAUACGGAGACUGAUACUUGGGAUCUCGUCAUGGGUUUGCGUGUGCCGGAGAGGAUUCGCAAGCCAUUUUCUCUGAGCGCGAGCGAGGGGAGGAUGUAUGUUGUUGGUCGAGGGCUCCAUGUUGCAAUUGGAUUCAUUGCGAGGUUAGAUUUCGAUGGUGGCAGUUCUGAUGAUAGUGGAAAGAAGAAGGAUAGAUUCUUUGUUGAAUGGCAAUAUGCUGAUGUUGCUACUCCAAAGGAGUUUUCUGACUUGACUCCCUCAAGUACUCAGAUUUUGUUUGCAUAAACAGAGAGGCAAGCGUCUUUGUACAGCAAAAAAUGUUGACACCUCGGAAUUGCGUUGUACAUAUUUGCUAAAUGUUAUGGUUUCCUUCAAGAACAAAGGCCAUGGUUCUUCCCUUUAUCAGUUAUGUAUCAUCUACAAUCAGAAUGAAGUUUUACGAGGACUAUGGACAUCAAAUAUCUGAUCACUUCGGUGCAUAUUGUAUCUCAUCAAUGAGUUAUCUGUACGAUAAUCCUAGUGAUUUCUAGUGUGGGGAUGCGAGAGACUUUCUGAAUGUCAUUGAUUAGUUCAACAUCUACGGCUCCUUGUUACAUCUGUUACUUAUUGUAAACAAUUAUAUUGAUGUUAUAAAUUUUACAUUGUCUCA